GUAGUGGCAGAAAUUGGUGUGCAUCGAUCCAUCCACGUGCUUUUAUUGCAGAGUCUGAGGUUUCUUUUGAUGUGCGUGCGGUCCCAUUCUUUGUGUUUGUCUUCUCUUCUCUCUUUUUUCUCUCUCUUCAAUGGCUUCCUUUUCUCUCACCUCUUCCUCUCCCCUUCUCAACAAACCCAUCUUCCCUUCUUCCCAUUCCCUUCUUCACCCUCUCCCCUCCCAUUUGCGCAUGCCCCACACCCCUCUCCACCUUCAAACCCCACUUCUCAUGCCCAAGAUUCGCUCCUUGCGUCACGAAACUAGAGCAGCUGCACCAGUUACCAAAGACCUGUGGGAAAAUUCGAUUCUGAAAAGUGAAACCCCAGUUCUUGUCAUAUUCUAUGCAAAUUGGUGUGGCCCAUGCAGGAUGGUUCACCGGAUAAUAGACGAAAUUGCAACAGAGUAUGCUGGGAAACUCAAAUGCUUUAUACUCAACACAGACACUGACAUGCAAGUUGCUGAAGACUAUGACAUUAAGGCUGUACCUGUGGUAUUAAUGUUUAAAAAUGGCCAGAAAUGCGAUUCCGUGAUCGGUACCAUGCCAAAGGAGUUUUAUGUGGCUGCGAUUGAUAGGGUGCUCAAAUCAUAAUCAGGGAUAAGUGCUGGCAAAAUCUCAGCAAAGGAGAUAAACUCUUGCCCCUGCAUGACCCUUUCAUUUUCAAUUAAAUUUUCUGUUACCUUGUCAGACUAAACUUUGCUGAGUUCUUCUGUACAUAUUUUGUGUACGUUUUUUUCCCCAUAAUAGAUGUGGCCUUGUGACACUGCUUUCUUAAUGAAGGGUCCACUUCCAAUCUCAAUAAUUUCCUUAGAAAAGCCUUGUUAAGCUACAGAGAAUAUCAUAGUUGAGAUUUGACUGUUCCUUUGGCAUUUGAUUUGAAUACCUGCUUUUCUGAAACUAGAGGAUUUGAUUACCUUCA